UUUCGUGGCAUCUAAACCUGAAGCUUCUAAAUCAUGACUUUCUUCGCAAACUUAAAGCAGCCGUUCCUCGAAAUUCCUGAAGAUGGCAGGAUUGCGACGAAUACUUUUGUGGAUGCCAUAAAGUCAACGCUGCAUGUUUUGGAUUUGCUUGGACCAGGUGCCUUCCAGAAAAUCAAAUCUAAGGCAACAGAUAAUGCUACAAAACUUGAAAAACGCUAUGAAACAGAUAAGGAAAAAUAUGCAACACUUCAGAGUAUUAUUGAAACUGAAAAGGAGGAAGGAAAAGAAAAAGAAAAAGAUUCCCUUACAUUAUCACUGCUUAUGUUGAAAAGGAUAAGCACAUUCAUUCAAGCAAUAUUUGAAGAAGUUCUUACAAUGCAUCCCCAUCUUGGAGAGUCUGUUUCUAAAGCAUAUGAAAGAACAAUAAAACAGUACCAUGGAUGGUUGAUUCAAAAGGCAUUUGGGCUUGCUCUCAGGGGUGUAGUUGCAAGAGAGAAGUUUAUGACUGCUUUGGGAAAUGGAGCAUCUGAAGAUGAUGUUUUGAAAGAAAUGAAGGUUCAUUCUGAGUUGAUGGGCAAGAAUGUCACAGUCAUCCAUGAAUUUUAUGAUAAAAUGGGUAUAGACCAGCAUGGUAAAGUUUAGUACACAAUCAAGUCGUUUUUAAGCUGUCAACUAAUGGGAUUUAGAUUGAUAUUGUAUUUUUAUCAAUAUGCUUUAUUUGCGUAGAAACGUAUAGAUAUUUCAUUGAAUAUUAACAUACAUCAAUACCUAAUAAUUGGAUAUGCUUGAUCAGUCUUUCA